UCGGUCUUCCCCUUGCCGGCUUUCCCUCUCCCCGAGUCCGGUGUCUGCCCAGGGCAGCUCGGAGGCGUGUGUUUCACAUUUACUCUUUGCCUAAUCUGAAGGUCCUUUAUAGCUUUAAUUUAAAAAAUAAUUAGGAUAUGGCUUUUAUAUCGAUCUAUUUACUGACUUCUGUUCGCUGGCAACUAAUAAAUCGAGUUAACUAUUAUUGGUAGGUUAUGUAUUUCUGACAGAUUUUUUUCAUUGAAAAAGACUUGGCAGGGGGGAUGAGGCCACAAGUGAAAUAACUCUUCGUGACUACGUAUUUUUUCAUUUCAGUGGUAGAAUAUGCAUCAAUAUAAAUAAAUGACCAGUCCUUUUUAAAAAGAUGUUUAAGAGAUUGUUUUGAAUGUGACUUAUUAAAAUUUGUUGACAGAAAUAUAUUUCAUAGCAGAAUAAUAACCAUCGUUAUUAGUUCUAAUGUAUUUCAGAACAUUCUCCUGGGGAUUUAAGUUAUCUGCAAAGUUGUUUCACUGCUGAUUAUUAUCAGCAGAAUAAGGCUCAGCUUUAUAAAACCAAACACCGAGUAACAUAUUUAUCAUAAUUCAGUUUGUAGGUUGUCAUAAGAUGCCAAAAAGCAUAACACUGUUUAGAUCAAGGAGAGCAAUAUACAGAUAUGAGCAUAUAUUUUCUGUUUAUGUGUUUUUCAGGAUAGUUUUGUUUCAUAUUAUACAUUGACCUUUAUAAAUUUCAGUUUGAUUUGGCUGGAGGUUCACUUUGCAAGCAGAGCUGAAGUUUGAGAUCGGUUCUUACUAUGUAAAGAGCUGCAUGAGUAUAGCUUAAAGUAUUUCAGGGGGGUACCCUGGCAGUGUUGAUACAGCUCAGAAAUCAUGUGUCAGAAGAUAGCUGAAUUUGACACUGCUUGAAAACACUGCUUAUUUUAACUAAGGAAAGAAGAAAGGAGGAAGGAUCACUAAAUUGUAAAGCAGUUUCUUUUGGAAUUAUUUUUAAAAAAUCACUGUAUUCCUAUUCAACCUGCACUGAAAUCUGAAACUUUUUUUUAACUUAAUUUACAAAUGGUAAAAAGCAACAGAGAGAAGUUCCAGACACUGGAAUUGAUAGAAGAGUCUAGGGGGGAGUUACGCAUCUUCCUUGCAUGCUUGUUAUCAUCCAGGCGCAACUUUGAAUUGUCUGCAUCACAGAGCAGUAGCAGGACUCCUUGCAGGAGCUCUGAUUACAUCAGAGAUGCACUGCAGAAUUCAAAACACUGCAGAGGACAUUGGAGGGGGGGAAGUGAUACUUGCAGUGGAAUUUUAGCAUGUUACUCAUGAUUUCUAUUUCUUUCCCUCAGAAGGGCAUCUUUAGUAAUUCUUUCCCCAUUGUCUAGCAGUCUGGCACCUUUCCUGAAUUUCAGCUGAACGUAAGGGCAGUAGAGGUUUCUAAUUCCAUUUCUUCACCAGACAUAAUGGAUAAGAAUAUACUCUUCUGCAAGACAGAUUUUUGAAAAGAUGUUCUAUCUUGCUUCAUGUGCCUCUCACACCAUUUAGAGUCACCAAGAACCCUUGGUAUAGGCCAGUUAUUCUGUAUUACCAUCGUUUCUAGAAGCCAGAACAAUGAUCAGGAUUGUAUAAUGUAGUAAGAGACAGUUCUUACCCCAUAAGCUUAUAAACAAAAUGGGAGACAAUGCUCAGAGAGAAGUGAUUUGCCCAAGAUGAAAGUAAAUUAUCAGCAGGGGAGCUGGAAAGAUGAACUGGGCUUCACUAACUCCCAAGUAUUCAAAAGGCAGAAUACUAUCUCAGACGAGAAGGGAUUUUACCAUUUGCCUUACUUAACCAGGGCAGUUUUAUUUGAGGAUUUUACUGUUCCAGCAUAUCCUCAAAGUUCAACUUGUUUAAUUGUUUGGAAAAUUGUUGCUAUAGGCUAAUGUGUUUGUUUGAUCUUACAUUCCAGUGUGUUGUCUUCCAUCCUUAACACGUUUCUUACAGCCGUCUCCCAACAUCAUCAGUCUGCAAUGCAUGAAUAAAACAGUUUGCUUGGUUUUUAAGCUCAACAUCAAAAAAAACCCUUCCAUUAACUACAUCUCUACUAUCUUAAAGCAGUACUGACCACCAUUCUGUAGAAGCACCUUCCAAAGGAAAACAAGAAACAUGCAGAGAAAUGCAUGGAGUUAUUUUUCUCCUUCCUCCAUCCCCUCAAGUCAGGCCAUCUUUUCUAUUGUCUUUUAUCUCCUCCUAUUCUUCCUCCGUAGAUAUGAUGCUAUGCGUAUCUGAGGCAAAGAACAUAUAAAUAACGCACGUACAGCAUCAAAUACUAUAGCUGCCUACGUGGGAUCCGUGGGCUUGCCAGUUCUGGUUAUGGAAAAAGAAGGAGCCACCUUUUGUAACUGCAGUCAUCCAGUGUGUUACACAUUUGACAAUUUAUUGUCUUGCACAGGUCGAGAAGCUGGAAGUGAAAAUAACUCUUUUUUUCUUUGCUCUCUUGUUUCACAGUUGAUGCCUCAGGGUUACAGUGUGUGUCUGACACACACAGAACAUUUACAUUUCCCUCUCCCCAUUUCUUCCCAUUGUGUCAACAAUGGAUGCGGUGGGAGAUCAAACCAGUGACAGAGAUGAGCUGCCUCCUCAUUUUUCCUGGCUGAGAUUCAGAGGAUAAGUUGUUGCUAACCAACAUCAUCUGGUGUUACAGAAGGGAAGACGGUUAGCAGCUCCCUUGUAUCCAUAGUCUUACAUCAGUCAUAAUCUUUAUUCUUUUCGGGCCAGCCCUGCUUUGACACAGUUGAGGCAGAGGGGAAAACGCUUGUUUCUAAAUAAAACAAUGGUUGCUCUAAGAAAAGGAACUGAACAUAAACAUACAUCAGGUAGCCCUGUUUUCCCACAUGAAACCUGCAGCUUGAACUCCCAGCGGCGUUACUUCUACGGAUGGUAUCUUGGGAACGCUUUAACAGAAAACCAGCUCUGAGGUCAUUAAGGUAUGUAACACUAUUGAUGUGGUUUAUAAACCCCAGCUUCUGCAAACAACAGUUCUGUGUUUAAGGAAGUCACCCUAGCAGGGGUACAUAUCCCCAGGGUGCGGAUCAAAGGGGAGAAGGCACUUGCAGAAGUAGCGAAGUGAUGUGAAGUUAUCUUCCAAGAUGACUCUUCUACCUGGAGAAAAUUCCGACUAUGACUAUAGUGCCCUGAGCUGUGCUUCGGAUACUUCCUUCAACCACACGUUCUUUCCAGAAACAGAAACCCUGAAGGGAGUCUUCUACCAAAGAGCCAAGCUAAUUCACCCUCAAGAGGAUCUCCUGAAAGGCUUUCACCCUGAUGAUCGGAAGCAUCAUAUUAUUAUAAACGUAGGGGGCAUUAAGUAUUUGCUCCCAUGGACCACGCUUGAUGAAUUCCCAUUGACACGUUUGGGACAACUAAAAUUCUGUAACAAUUUUGACGACAUUCUAAACAUCUGUGACGAUUACGAUGUGACAUGUAAUGAAUUCUUUUUCGACCGCAAUCCAGGAGCAUUCAGGACAAUCCUGACCUUUUUGCGGGUUGGGAAACUUCGGCUCUUGCGUGAGAUGUGCGCGCUGUCUUUCCAAGAGGAGCUGCUCUACUGGGGAAUUGAGGAAGACAACUUGGACUGGUGUUGUAAAAGGAGAUAUCUGCAAAAAAUGGAGGAGUUUACAGAAAUAAAUGAACGGGAGGAUGACCUCAUAGAAAAUGAAACAGGUGAAACAGUGGAGGAGACAAAAAUUGGCUUGUGCAUGAAAAAGUUGCAAGACAUGGUGGAAAGGCCGCAGUCUGGCCUCCCUGGAAAGGUGUUUGCUUGUUUGUCUGUUUUAUUUGUAACUAUUACAGCAGUGAACUUAUCCAUCAGCACCAUGCCUGACCUGAGGGAGGAGGAGGAAAAGGGCGAGUGUUCCCAGAUGUGCUACAAUAUUUUCAUUGUGGAGUCUGUCUGUGUGGCAUGGUUUUCCCUGGAGUUCCUGCUAAGAUUCAUCCAGGCAAAGAGCAAGUUUGCAUUUUUGCGCAGACCGUUAACUCUGAUAGACAUAAUAGCCAUUCUGCCCUACUACAUCACUUUGCUAGUAGACACCACUUCAGUGGGCUAUAAAAAGCCCAGCUCCGGGAGCAUCUACCUGGACAAAGUAGGUCUGGUCCUCCGUAUUCUCCGUGCCUUGAGGAUUCUGUACGUGAUGCGGCUGGCCCGGCACUCGCUGGGGCUGCAGACGCUGGGGCUGACGGCGCGCAGGUGCACCCGCGAGUUCGGGCUCCUGCUGCUCUUCCUCUGCGUGGCCAUCGCGCUGUUCGCACCGCUGCUGUACGUCAUUGAGAACGAGAUGGCAGACUCGCAGGAGUUCACCAGCAUCCCCGCGUGCUACUGGUGGGCUGUCAUCACCAUGACCACGGUCGGCUACGGAGAUAUGGUGCCCAGAAGCAUUCCUGGCCAGGUGGUGGCACUGAGCAGCAUACUGAGCGGCAUCCUCCUCAUGGCGUUUCCAGUCACCUCCAUCUUCCACACGUUCUCACGCUCCUACAUCGAGCUAAAGCAAGAACAGGAAAGAAUAAUGUACAGGAGAGCACAGUUCUUAUUAAAAACAAAGUCUCAGAUAAGCAAUGCGUCACAAGGGAGUGAUAUUUUAUUCCCCAGUAUCUCUUCUGAGACGAGGGACAAUGAAUGAAAUUUAAGUUACUAUUUUUCCUGAUGUCAAGUAAUGUUUUGUUGUAUCAGAUUCCACCUUUUAAUUUGCUUGGGAAGCAUUUUACCAAGGUAACCCUCGUAUUAAAGUGAAGAAAAGGAGCUAUUAGCCAGGAACCGAUGUGGUUUAAGAAGUCUGUUAUGAUGCUGUUCCUUCCCUUCCCAGUAUAAUGUAUAGGACGGAUCUUUCACUGAGAUCAUACGGUGGGAUCUUAGGAAUUAAAAGUUCUCUAACAAAAACAAAAGAAAGAGCGACAUAUAAUUGUGUGCUUGGCAGGCUGUUUUGCCAUUUGUAAUACACAUUUUUCCAACCAAAUCACAAUGUAUAUAAUCAUUAAACAGGUUGCCAUUUUUCUUGUUCUUCCUGUAUAUGAAUAAUGUAAAUACAACAAAAUUAAUGGCUAAAUUCUCUCCCAGUAAAAUGCCUUCGAGCAUAAUGAAAAUAACCACAGAUGCUUGUCCCAUUGUGCUCUUAAAAUAACAUUAAGAAAGAUUUGUCAUUCACAACAGCAACUGUGUAUUUCUUGGUAAAUCAGCCUUAAACAUACCAGAAAAGAAGAACUGAGCUGUUCAUGUGAUAACCUUGCUGAAGAUGUAAAUACCCAUAGCUCACCAAUUUCAAAAUUUAAUUCAAGUUACAGCGUUGAUCCCAUGUCAUUGAAUGCGGUAUUCCUGGGGACUAAGUCUUCAAGUUUUGUAGCAUUUAAUAUUCUUAUCGAGAGGUGGCUAGCUGCAAAUCAAACGAAAUAUGCACGAUGAGAUGCCAGUCGUUCCCUGCCAUCUGUUUCCAUGUUUUUACUUUACCCCAGAAUUAAAGAGGCCUGUUUCCAGGGGACACCCUACCAUUACUUGGCAAAUUGACUGCCGCAACCCAUUCACAUUCAGCAUUUGGUUCUUUAAAAGGAGCAGAAAAUACACGGUCGUGGGAAGUUGCCAAUGAUGAAAAAAAGAAAAUAUCAUUUGAGUCAUGGCGGGGGGAGUACUGGCAGAUUUAUACUUUACUGUCCUCAAGCAUGAGGAACUUAUGACAAUUAACUAUACCUUUGCCAUCAUUACAGACAUCAUAGCAAGGGAGAAAAUCUUAAACAUCAUAUGAAAAAGCAAUUACAGUCGCAAAACACAACCGUGUAGUCCUUAUCUGCACGUGUGUCUUGGUCUGGGUUCUCCUGCUGAAGUCCCUGGGAGCACGUGGGUCAAUGAGACACUCUGGUCUGGCACAAGUUUCUAUGGAGAUUAAUGACAGACCUGUUUAUUUUAGAGGGAAUGAGACUGGCUUGCAUAACAGCUCAGCAAUAAAACUUAAGACUUUAAGGAAGAAAAAAUACACUAAUUUGAUUUCAUGUGUGCUUAGGAGUAAAGAAAAGCUGAUCUUAAGAGUUUCACUUUUUUCCCCCUCUUUUUUUAGUAAAUUCACUUAUUAACAGUUAAGAGCCAGAGAAAUUUAGAAGGUCCCAUUGCAUUCACCAAUGCUUCUCUAUCCUGAUUUUCAGAAAUACUACUGCUCAUCGCAUUUCUGGAGCAGGUUGCUAGAAAUGCCACAAUGCACAAUGUGCAUUUUGGGAUUUAAAUUAAGGCCAAGGACACAAACACUGGCCUUUCAAAACAAGGCAGAAUUGUUCCUCAGCCAAUGCUGUUUGGCCAAACCCAUGUCACGCAGGUUUUCUUUUCACAUGUCUAUAGAACACAAUUUGAAGGUAUUCUGAUAUGCUUGUUCUUGAAGCAUAAUUCCGAAACUUUUUAAAAUGCACUUGACAAAUAAUUAGGGCUCCAGCAUUCUUCAGCCUGCUAUAGGUAAACAUAUCUAUGGAGCAUUACUGCAGAGUGCCAAACCACCCAGUCUAAACUCUUGGCAAUUAAUUAUGUGCCAGAGCUACGAAUGUAACCAGCUUUUCACUCUUGUUCUUCAGCUUUAAUUAGAGGACAAAAACCAGGAACAUCGUGACAAAAAAGGGGACACAUUUUCCAUCCAAAAUACUCUUGAUUUCAAAACUGUUCGAUCAUCUGUAGCGUUGGCUCCAACACAAGUGCUAGACAUCCUUCUACCUUUGUGUCAGCAUUCAUUAUGAGAAGAACUGGUAAGUAGAUUAGUCCUGUGAGCAACAGUUGCUUAUCUAAGAAUGUGUUUGACAGGCUGAGCCAUAAAUAAGAAGCUGUACGUGAAUAUAAAGAGAAAUCAAGACUUACCAAAUAAAACCUCAGCUUAUUUCCAUGUUAUGUUAGCUAAUAAAUGUUGGACAUCCAUCCAUUUUCUCAAUGCCUUUACAUUAUAAUUGUAGCUUGAUUCUGAAGUCAUUGUCCAGAAAAAAAUAACAAACCAAACCAAACCACCCUGGAGUUGGGUGUUGGUUGAGCAAACCUGCGAAAGCAUCUUGCCUGUCGCAAGUUCUGCCUAAGCCAGGAGCACAUAAGCCGUCCAGGAUGUACCCCUAUGUAAUUUAGUACUUGGCAACACGACUUGUAAGCAUAUCAACAUGUUUUACUAUGAAUCGCUGUAACAAACUUGCUUGUGUUUUACAGGAGGUAAUACAUACUGUAGUCCUUAUGCUAAAUAAAUCCAGCUAUAUGUCUUAAGAGCACAACAUUAGUAUGAAACCCACAUGCUGUGUUCCAGCUUUUACUGUGAAGGCUGGAGGCUUAAGAUCAUUAUGCCUCUUUACAGUAUAUUAUCUAAAUUUUAGUCAAAUUCAUUAAAAUGAUGGAUUGAUUCAAAAGCUGACUGUUUCCAGUGACACAGCUGACAGCUACCAAGUCAGCUCUCACUCCUUUUUUGCAUUUUAACAGCAUGUGCAGUCAACAAGAAAGUUCCAAUGAAAACACCUUGUGCUUUUAUGAAGUCAAAAGAAUUGUUUGAAUUGCCACGGCUGGAGUGGUGCAUGUCUCCAAUAGAGAUGGGGUUGCAUUGCUAUUUAUAUAUCCUCUGUAUACUGCAGUAAAAUGUACAGUAUGAAUCCAAACAGCAGUAGCUGUAUUAAUUUUGAUUAAUAAAGUGUUAGGCUCUCCUUUCA